UUACUGAUACUAAUAGCAAUUUUGACAUACUAAUCGCUUAACACGGAUCUAUGUAAAAAGAAUGUUAAAGUAGGGAUUAUAACCCAAACCCAAUUUCGGUCGUAUAUCAAGGUAAACCUGAAUACAUAAUAGAUCUGUAUUUGGAUAGCAGAUUGGUUUUGUUUGCCUUGUGCUUGAUUAUUUAAAGUAAGAUUUUCUAUCUACCGCUAUUAUGUAAAGUUAAAAUGAGUAUGAAUUGAAAAGUAUACGGCUAUCACCACAGUCAAAUAAAAUUUGCGGUGAUCGAUUUUCUUUAAGAUAGCGAAGUAUAACGCGUAUAAAAAUUAAAUGUGAUUUUGUUUAUAGCAAACUUUAAGCGAAUGAUAUAAAUAUUGUACAUAAAUUUUAUCACUUUCACGAAAAGAGGAACAUUAAUGGAAAUGAAUCAUGGCAUAAGUGGAUAGUUAAAAGAAAAUGACUGAUAAGAGAUUUACAGAGGAACAGCUCCAAGAGUUCAAAGAGGCGUUUCAUUUAUUCGACAAAGAUGGGGACAAUACAAUCACUACACCAGAACUUCUGACUGUGAUGAAGUCUUUAGGUCAUAAUCCAAGCCGAGAUGACAUCAUUGAAAUGAUUAAAGAAGUUGACAGUAACGGUAAUGGAAAAAUAGAAUUUUCAGAGUUCCUAACAUUAAUGGAGAAAAAUAUGAACUCUUUUGAGUCAGAGGAGCUGAUUAAAGGGGCGUUUAGUGUGAUAGACCCUCAUGGGGAGGGUUACAUUACACUGCAAGGUUUGCGCCAGGUGGUGCAUGACCUUGGUCUUGACUUCACAGAUGAAGAGAUGCGAGAUAUGAUAGAGGAAGCGGAUCCAUCCGGAGAUGGUCGUGUAAAUUUUGAAGAUUUCGUCAAGAUGAUGACAAAUGCACAAUAGAGAAUAAUUUAAACAGACUUGCGGUUAUUUCUAUUAUAUUUUCUCCACCCGAAGUUGCCAAAAAAAAACGUGUUACAUGUAGUGUAUAUAUCAAUAUCUUACAUGUUUUGUAUUUGUAUACUUCUGUGUAUUUAAGGUGUUCAAACGCUGUUUGUGGAAACACAUAUAGCUUUAAGCGAGGAAGCUAAGGUAAAUAGGAAAUGUGGUGAAUUUAAAAUGCACACUGAUAAUGAAAUUGUUCACAAAUUAAUACUUGUUUUCAUAAUUUUCUGUUUUUUGAUAGUGUAUAAUUCAUAAUAUUUCACAUGCCAUAUGCUAUCAUGUUCCAACUUUAAUUUUAACCAUAAAGGUGUACUGUUUCCAUAUGGGCAGUGUAAUUUUGGAUCAGUCAGGUAGAACUCGGUACAUGUUAUUGUCUCCCACAUGAAAUACGGGAGAUAUAUUGAUGUAGUGAUGUCCUUCUGUAAGGAAGUAUGUCUCUCUAUAUAUCACAAAAGUCGUCUACGCAAAUCCUCCGACACCACAAGACGGAUUUACACUAACUUUAAAAAGUGACCAUUGACAAGCUUUGUUGUGCAUAUCGUAGGCAUGUUCCUGUUGUGGUUAUGACCCUUGAUUUAUCAAAUUCUAUGAUGUUUUGGCUGCUUCUAAUAUGCCGUAAUUGUGAUGAUUGCACUAAACCUACAGGAAUUAAAGUGUCAAACCUACCUUUGCAUAUUGCCGGCAUGUUUCGCUUCUGUGCUUUUCGGCAGUUAUGGCCCUUGAUAUUUUUCGCAGUUUACCGUGUCUGUCCAGUUGCUCCGACACCAUCAGGAGGAAUUACACCAAAGGUUAUAACAGUGAUCAUUAUCAAACCUAAUUGAACAUAUCGUCGGCAUGAUCCGGUUUGUUGAUUUUGCAGUUUUGGCCAUUGAUUCGUUAAUAGACAAUUUUCUCAUAUCAAUGGGCGGGACUCCCACCAAUUCUUACAGGGGUCUUAUUGUGUAUAUUAUCCGCAUGUUCCGGUUGAGUAAUUUUCAGCGGAGUCGUAGCCCUUUAUUUGUCAUUUUUAUGAUAUUUUGGCAACAUCUGUUACACCAUUGGGUAGAUUUCCACCUAAUCUUUCAGGAGUUAUCAGUGCCAAGCCUAAUUAUGCAUAUCCUCGGCGUGUUCCGGUUUUUUUUCAGUGAUUUUCAGCAGAGAAAUGGCCCUUGACAACAUAUCUUACAGUGUUUAUAUUACCUUCUGUAUAUCAUUUGGCUAAAUUUCACCAAACUAUACGAGUGAAAAGUGUGAAGCGUAGUUGUUACAAAUCAUCGGUAUGUUUUGUUUAAAUGAUUUACCCUUGAUUUGUCAAACUUUAUUAAGUCUAUGCUACUUCUCCUAUACCACUGAUUGGAAUUCCACCUAACUUCACAGAAGUGAUCAGGGCCAAGCCUAGGUGUGUAUAUCUUUGGAGUGAAAUGGUUCAGAAGUUUUUCCCUGGAAUCUUUUGUCCUUAAUGUGUUGAAUAUUUGGGAGACAUACGUUUGUCGUGAAAAUAAAUUUUUAGUUUCUAGUUAAUGCUGUCUUCACCUAUUUACCUAACUAAGAUUUUUGUUAAAUGAAUAUUCUUUAACAUUUGAUAAUGCGUCAAAUCUAUUAUUUUGUUAUAUCUGAGGUACAUGUAUAUCCUUUUCAAAUCUUACUUGCAUAAAUGAGAUAAUGCCAUCUGAAGAUUUUUUUUUUAUUUAUUGAUUUUUUUGUGAUGUUUUCUUCUAAUUUGUAUGAAUAGUUUUGCAAUCAUAGUAUUAACUUCUAUAUAUGCAAGACUUAUACAUAUAUUCUGUGUAUGUUUUUUGAAAUAUGCAUGGUUUUAAUAAAUACUGUCUUAUUAUGUUUUCACCAUAAUAUGUUGAAAAGAUAUGUGUGUUUCGUAAUAUAAUGCAUUAAAGACAUGAAGUCACGAUUUUAUAAAUUCUUUUCGUUGAACAAAAUUGCAAUGUACGAGCGUGUGAAAGUGUUAGCCAUAGACUA